UCUUGAACGAAGCAACCAAAGUCCUCUCUACACUUCCGCAGCUUUCCUCUCUACACGUUUUCUGGUUUCCUCUCUUAAACCUCGUUCCUCGCUACCAUGGCUCAGCCAGAAAACUCAACCAAAACACUCAAAUUCCUCUACAGCUACGGCGGCAAAAUCGUUCCCCGACCUACCGACGGCAAACUCCGCUACAACGGCGGAUCCACUCGCGUCCUCGCCGUCGAUCGCUCCAUUUCAUACGCAGAACUGUUGGUGAAAUUCGUUGAAUCGUGUGGAUCUUCAAUGAUUUUGAAGUGCAAGCUACCGACGGAGGAUCUAGAUGUGUUGGUUUCAAUCAAAUCCGACGAAGAAUUACGUAUUGUGAUCGAAGAGUACGAAAGAGUUUCGCCGGAAUCGAAGAUCAGAGCCGUUUUGUUUCCGUUGAAAUCAGUGAAGAAAAUUUCUCAGCCGCCGUCUCCGGUAUCCUGUUUCGAUUUCCCCUCUGUUUCGAAACCCUAUGUGGUGGCCGCGGCGGUUGCCCAGCACUUCCAGAGAAAUCCGCCGCCGCGGUAUCAGAAACCGACGGCGGGGUACCGGUACGCGUCUCCAGUCAUCGGAUAUCCCGUCGCCGCCGUGAACAACUACUGCCACGAUGUGAGGAGUUUGAGGCAUAUUCACAAUGCGGCGAGAAGGAUUUACACUCAAUAGUUGUUGGAAUGAAAAGAGGGGAAAAAGAAGAAGUUGUUUCUAUUUUUUUCUUGAUGAGCUUUUUUUUUCUUUAUUGAACAUAAACGGGGAAGAAAAAAAAACAUAUGAAUAUACAAACGAUAUAUUUUUUUCUGGUAAUUUAUUCUCGAAAAUUUUCAAUUGCCGUUAAUCGAAAACUUGAUUAUAUCAAUCAAAAGCCUGCUGCCGCUAACUAAUUUUCCGACACCGCCUAUUCUUCCUAUUCUCCGUCGUCGCGUGGUGUACACGCGACCAAGUCGUUGCAUAUUGAUUUCUUCCUUUUGCAGAUAGGCGCGUGGGUUCACGAUAGGGCAAAAUAGUUUUUACAACGGUUAAUAUGCUAUUUAAUUUAUUUUACGAUUUUUAAUUCGUUGACUGAUUUUUUAAUUGAUUUAUAUUGGCAGGUAUAUUUUAUGGAAGGAGUUUCAUGACUUCACCUUAAAAGCAACGGAUUUGAUGUGAUUUUGGGACCUACAAGGCUGCAAUACCAUGUUUAGAAUUUUAAUCAGAUAUUGGUAUGUUACACAAUAAUAUUUAGUAAUAGAGUUAAGUCGGAGAAUCGUAUUACAACGAUAAUAAAUGGGGUUUUGAUUUGAAAUAAGGCAACUUGGCCAGCUAAUAAUUUGAAGGACACCAUAAUUGGGGAUUGUUUCAGUGUAAAUUACGUGUGUUACAAAAGUUGCCCAAGAGGGGGUGUGAAAGGACAUUUUAAGGUGAAUUUGGCACUUCUUUGUUUGAUGAAGAAAUUUUCAUUUAUGAAAUUAUAAAAUAGUACUCCUGCAGGUUAUGAAC